AUGCCUUCGUUCAAGAGUGUUCUUCUUGCCGCUGCAUACGCAGUCCUUGCUUUGGCCGCUCCUGCCAGCGAAAUCGAAAAGCGCAGUGAGACCAUCACUACCAACCAAGUUGGCACAUACGGUGGCUACUACUUUUCCAACUACGUCGAGACUGGAUCAGACUCCUUGACUCUUGGAACUGGUACAUACUCUCUGAAGUGGACCAGCGCCAACACUGAUGUCGUGGCUGGUAUCGGCUGGCAAACUGGUGCUGCUCGCACCAUCAAGUACACUGGAUCCAUCAAUGCUGGUGGUGACAGUCUGAUCGCGCUUUACGGAUGGACCACCGGACCCCUUGUCGAGUACUAUGUCAUUGAGACCUACGGCACAUACAACCCCGGCAGUGCUGGAACUCAUCUAGGCACUGUCACUUCGGACGGUGGUGUCUACGACAUCUACGAGACCACUCGUACCAAUGCUCCUUCCAUCGAGGGAACUGCUACGUUCCACCAGUACCUCUCGGUCCGUCAGAGCAAGCGCACCAGUGGUACCAUCACUUUCCAGAACCACAUCAACGCUUGGAAGUCUCUCGGCUUGAACCUUGGUACCUACAACUACCAGAUCAUGGCAACCGAGGGCUACCAGAGCAGCGGUUCUUCCUCAAUCACCUUGCAGUAG